GUUGAUGACUAAUGCGUUUGAGGAGCUGCUUGCGUUCCGGCGUGCUCUGAAGGACCCGGUGGCGUCUGUAGACGCUAUGUACGCCAAGCAGUACGAGGAGUUCUUCGUUGGUCUGGAGGGAAGCUUUGGGAACAAACACUAAUGCGUUUGAGGAGCUGCUUGCGUUCCGGCGUGCUCUGAAGGACCUGGUGGCGUCUGUAGACGCUACGUACGCCAAGCAGUACGAGGACUUCUUCGUUGGUCUGGAGGGAAGCUUUGGGAACAAACACGUCUCCCCCCCCCGAACCCUCACCUCUCGUCUACUGGGCAGCAUGGUCUGUGUGGAGGUUCAUCGUCACCAAGUGUGAGUGUCUGGAAAACUAGGUUGUGGGAUGUCUCCUUCCCUAAAAGGUGUUUACAUUAGGGAUGUGACAAAUGGAAGAAAAAUAAAUAAGAUUUGGUUUUCCAUUAAAACGCAUAAAAUUCCACUUGAAUUUACAAUGCAGCUGCCAGCAACGGUUUGGGUCUCACGGUGCGUCCCCUUUCAGGGGGUGAAGCAUUGUAAAGCAUUGCACCUGUCCUACCAUUACCGUACCUCAAUUCCACCGAACCAUCACACACACUCACCACCUCUCUCCUUCUCUCCUUCUCUCUCUCUCUCUCUCUCUCUCUCUCUCUCUCUCUCUCUCUCUCUCUCUCUCUCUCUCUCUCUCUCUAUCUCUCUCUCUCUCUCUCUCCAUCCCUCUCUCUAGGAUGAGGAAAACAACCCGUUGGAGACAGAGUUUGGUCUGUCCAUCUACAAGGACCACCAGACGAUCACGGUCCAGGAGAUGCCAGAGAAGGCUCCUGCCGGUCAGCUUCCCCGCUCGGUGGACAUCAUACUGGACAAUGAUCUGGUGGACGUGGUAAAGCCAGGAGACCGGGUCCAGGUGAUCGGGACCUACCUCUGGCACCUUCAGGCAAGGACAGAAGUACUGAACAUCUUUCAGAGCUGAAAUGCACUUGGUUUUACGAAACACCCUAAAAGUUGACAAAGUGCCGACUAAAAAUACAAACUUCACACGAACACUAUUACUGGACUUGCAUUAUUACGUGACGUUAUUUCGUGACGCUAAUACGUGACGUUAUUACGUGACGCUAAUACGUGACGUUAAUUCGUGACGUUAUUAUGUGACGUUAUUUCGUGUGCCAUUUUCAUGGUUUCUGUCAGUAAGUUAUGUGUUCUUCCUGUAUCCUCCAGGACCAUCACGAUAGCCUGUCAGGUGAAACAGAUGCGUAAAGAGCUGUCUCCAUACCGUCUCAGCUGACGACGUCUCCAAGAUCAAACUCUUCAGCAAGUCAAAGAUGGUAAAGACCUGUACUGCCCCUCUAGCUAUCGCUAUGGAAACAUCUCAAUAGUCUAAAAGAAGCUAUGGAUACAUCUCAAUAGUCUAAAAGCAGCUAUGGAUACAUCUCAAUAGUCUAAAAGCAGCUUCCUCUUGUCUACCCCUGUCCUUCUUCAGAGAAGAUAGGAUAUUCUCUCUGUUCACAAUCACUCUACAUAUCACCUUGCCUUGCUCUAGCCCAGGGUUCUUCAAUUCCCGGGCCUGGAGGGCCCCAAAACACCUGUUUUCAUCCUCUCCUUCUAAUAAAGGGGCAAUUUAGACCUGGGACACCAGGUGAGUGCAAUUAACUAAGUAAAAUAAAAAAAAAAAGGUUGGUUCCCGGGCCCUUAAGACCGGUUAACCUUCUCUAAACCAUCUCUCCCACCCAUUUUUGCCUCCUGUCUCCCCCAGAUGUGUUUGACCAGGUUCCUCCUCUCUCCCCAGGAUGUGUUUGACCCAGCUGUUCCUCCUGUCUCCCCAGCGAGGGUUUGACCAGCGUUCUCCUGUCUCCCCCAUGGAGUGUUGAACGCUGUUCCUCCUGUCUCCCCCAGGAUGUGUUUGACCAGCUGUUCCUCCUGUCUCCCCCAGGAUGUGUUUGACCAGCUGUCCCACUCCCUAGCCCCCAGUAUCCACGGUCAUGGAUACGUUAAGAAGGCCGUCCUGUGUAUGUUGCUGGGAGGAGUGGAGAAGGUGCUGGAGAAUGGAUCUCGCGUCAGAGGAGACAUCAAUGUACUGCUCAUAGGUACUGAGACUACAUUAUAAUAAUAUGCCAUUUUAGCAGACGCUUUUAUCCAAAGCGACUUACAGUCAUGUGCGCAUACAUUUUUACGUAUAUGGGUGGUCCCGGGGAUCGAACACACUACCCUGGCGUUACAAGCGCCAUACAUCUUUCUCGCUCUCUUUCACCUACUGUACCUCGUCAAGCGUAUGAAACAGUGGCUUUAUGACCAAGCCUAAGAUUUGGGAAUGAUCUCUCACGUCAAGACUUAACAUGCAUUUUCAAAUGUGUACACUUUCGGCCCCUCAAUCGAUUUGGUUUGCUGCCUAGCUUAUGAAACAUUUGGUUCUGGGUUACGCGAUUAGUUUGGGAAUAAUUGAAGGUGUUAGUGAGCGGUCUGUGUUAAGUGUUACAGCAUAGAGCUGUAUCCCAUGUAAGACUGACCUCUCUCCCUCCUACUAGGUGACCCGUCGGUGGCUAAGGCCCAGCUGCUGCGUUAUGUCCUGCACACGGCGCCCCGAGCCAUCCCUACCACCGGCCGGGGGUCAUCUGGGGUCGGCCUGACCGCUGCUGUCACUACUGACCAGGAGACUGGUAAAGACACACGCUUACAAGUUAAAGUUUUACUGAAAGAGAAAAAUCAUAGCUGACACAAUGGUGUCAUGAAUGAUCAUAAAACAUAAAACAAUCAUCAAGUCAAUUAACUGAAUCAAUCACACAGACAAUGAAAUAAUGCUAUGCAUUAAAUAACUGAAUUAACCAAAAUGACUCACUGAGCCCAAUACUAUAUAGAUAUAUAAUAUUUAAACUUAAUAUCGAUUCUAAUAAAUCUCUAUAUUAUACUCAAUACUCUCGCUUCUCACCCCAUAUCUAGUUAGCAGACUCUCUGCGUCUGAAGGAGAGUCGGUAGAUGCUAACCUACUAGAUGAGUAUCCAAAGAGUCUAGAUCGAUCGAUUAUCGCUACUCGCUGCUCGCGAGCUCUAUAUAUAUGCUGAUAUCUCUUCUCUCGUCUCUCCUCUCCUUCUCUCGACUCUAUUCGCCUUACUCUCUGCUUCUCCUCCCAUCUCUCUCUCACUCUUUCUCUCUCCCUACUCUCUGGUUCUCCUUAUCAGGUGAGUGCCGUCUGGAAGCAGGUGCAAUGGUUUUGGGGGACAGGGGUGUGGUCUGUAUUGAUGAGUUUGACAAGAUGUCCGACAUGGACCGUACAGCCAUCCACGAAGUGAUGGAGCAGGGCCGUGUCACCAUCGCUAAGGCGGGUAUCCAUGCCAGGCUCAACGCCCGCUGCUCCAUGCUGGCAGCUGCCAACCCAGUCUAUGGCUGGGUGGGUUUAUAGUUCUGAACUCCACAGAACGGCUUCCCAUUGAUUUUGUCUGAAAGACUCCAGGAACACUUUGGAAUAAAACAUACAUAAAAUGAACAGUAAAAUGAACCUAUCCUUCUUUUAAAAGAGCUUCCCAUCUCCUCAUGUUAGUACAGGAUUCACUUUGGCCUUAGAGACUUGGAGAAGAUGUGCUCUACCACACAAUGAGCCGUGUACUUGUCCAAGGCUUGCUUACUUACCCACUUCUACCAAAUAACCUGACUUUCCUCUGUCUAGUGUAAGAUUAUUAUUAUUUAAAGAAUGAAAGUAGCUUUCUCCCUCUCCUCAGUUUGACCAGACUCCUGUAGAGAACAUUGGUCUGCAGGACUCUGCUGUCUCCUCUCUGUCGUUCUCCCGAAUUGGCGCAGUGGUCUAAGGCACCGCAUCGCAGUGCUAGCUGUGCCACUAGAGAUCCUGGUUUGAAUCCAGGCUCUGUCGUAGCCGGCUGCGACCGGGAGACAUAUGGGGGGUGCACAAUUGGCCCAGCGUCGUCCAGGGUAGGGGAGGGAAUGGCCGGGCAGGGAUGUGAGCUCGUUGAGCGCACAUGGUUUUGCAAAGCCAGGCGUUUGUGGGUUUAGAUUCCCACGGGGGGCCAGUAUUGAAAAAUAAUUUAAAAAAAGAUGUAUGCACUAACUAACUGUAAGUCGCUCUGAAUAAGAGCAUCUGCUAAAUGAUAAAAUGGAAAUUGUAGAAGAGUAUAAAUAUCCAAUCUGGCAUCCAUUUUCCACCCCUCUCUCUCCUACCACUUCCUCCUCUUGAAAAUAUCGCGUGACGAAGAUCGAAGAAAGAGAGAGAGAAAGACGAAGAGAGAGAAAGUACGCAAGAUCGUCGAAAAAUAAGAUGCCCAUAUAUCUUCCCCUCUCUCCUCUAUCUCUCUUACAGAACAAUUGUAUCACGAGUAGCAAUAAGAUGCUCUUUUCUAACUGAUAACGGAGACCUCAUAUUAUAAAGCCUCUCUCCUAUUCUCUCUCUCCAGUUAUGAUCAGUAUAAUACUCCUUGGAGACACAUUGGUUGCAGAGGAACAGAACUACUCCGCUUUGUGUCUAGUUAUUUUUGACCUGCUGUGUGGUCAUUGAUGUCUUUGUUCAUCAUCUUGGACCAGAUCGGAGAUAGAUGGAUUGCACAGAGCAGGAAGGGAAGGACCAGAGAGACUAGACCACGUCCUAAGGAAUGCACCGAUACAGAGACCCCCUGAGAACAAAGACGGGACAGACAGGUUUAAAAGGUUAACACUCUGAAAAACCACCAGGGGGGCAGGACAGGAGAAAAAGAGAUAUAGGGGGGUUUUCUCUGCCAUGUAAGUGGAUACACCAGUCCCUGAGGGCUACUGGUUGUGCAGGCCUGAUUCAACCUGAUUCAUCAACUACUUAUCAAGGCUUUUAUUAUCUGAAUCAGAUGUUUUAGUGCUUGGCUUUAACAAAGGCCUCUGAAUACCCUGUGGGGAAGGGUGCCACAGGCGGCGUCGAGGGAAAGGGGACCAGGAGUGGUCGGGGAAGGCCAAGGUGGGUAGGGAAGGGGGGGGGCCACCAAGGAAGAGGGAAGGGGCACCAGGGGGUCGGGGGGGAGGGGCCCAGGUGGGUCGGGGAAGGGGCCCAGGUGGGUCGGGGAAGGGGCCCAGGAGGGUCGGGGAGGGGAAGGGGGCAAGGUUGAGUCGGGGGAAGGAAGGGCCCAGGGGGGUCGGGGGGGAGGGAAGGGGCCCAUGGAGCGCGGAGGAAGUAUUUCAUUUUGUUACAAAUUAUUUCAUUCUAAACAGUCAGUCUUAAAAUUGGUCACACAAGCUCAUACCCAACAUCUAUAUUUGGGCAUAUUUAUUUAAGAAGAGGGUUUUAUCAAUACAUGUUUAACUUGUUCUUUGUUCUUGAUAUGUUUUAACACUGCUCAACCCUUAUGGUGGCUGACUGCUCAACCCUUAUGGUGGAUGACCCUCUCUGCUCAAACCAUUAUGGUGGCUGAAUGUCAACCCUAAUGGUGGCUAAACCUGCUCACAACCCUUAUGGUGGCGAAUGCUCAACCCUUAUGGUGGGUCACUGCUUCAACUGAUGGUGGUGGUGGUGGGUACGCUCAAACCUAAUGGUGUGGUGGCUCACCGCUGCUCAACCCUUAUGGUGGCUGAAUCUGCUAAAACCCUUAUGUUUGGCUCAAUGCUCAACCCUCUAAUGGUGGCGAAUGCUCAACCCCUGAUGGUGGCUGACUGCUCAACCCUUAUGGUGGUCUUGACUGCUCAACCCUUUAUGGUUUUUGGCUCUUAUUGUGGCUCACUGCUAACCCUAAGGUGGGUUGGUUGGGUCACUGAUUGCUCAACCCUUAUGGUGGCCUUUGGCUGCUUUGAAUGCUGACUGAACCCUUAUGGUGGAUGAACAUUGACCUGCUCAAAACCCUUAUGGUGGUGGCUGACUGCCUCAACCCUUAAUGGUUGGAGCCACUGCUAAACCUAAUGCGUGGAUCCAUGCUCAACCCUUUAUGGUGGCUGGACUGUUCAACCCUUAUGGUGGCUGAAUGUUCAACCUAUUAUGGGUGGGGGUCACUGCUCAACCCUAAUGGUGGCCUCACUCGCUCAACCGUUUUAUGGGGGAUUUGACUGCUCAACCCUUAUGGUUUGGCUCACGCGAUUAAACCUUAUGGUGGCUGUGACUGCUCAAACCUUAUGGGGGGUCAUGAUCAACCCUUAUGGUGGCUUCACUGCUCAACUUUAUGUGGGCUGACUGCCUAAAAAACCCAUGGUGGGUUCUUACUGCUCAAACCCUUAUGGGGGGUCAUGCUCAACCAUUAUGGGGGCUGACGGCUCAAAAACCCUUAUGGUGGGUCAAUGCUCAACCUUAUUGGUGGGUCACUGCUCAAACCCUUAUGUGGUGGGUCACUGCUCAAACUAAUGGUGGCCAUGCUCAACACUUAUGGUGGCUGGAAGGCUCAAACCCUUAUGGGUGGCCUCACUGCUCAACCCUAAUGGUGGCUCACUGCUCAACCCUUAUGGUGGCUGACUGCUCAACCCUUAUGGGGGUCACUGCUCAACCCUUAUGGUGGGUCACUGCUCAACCCUUAUGGUGGGUCACUGCUCAACCCUUAUGGUGGGUCCUGACUCUACCCUUAUGGUGGCUGACCAUGCUAAAACUCUUCUGGUGGGGGCUUUUCUGACUGCUCAACCCUUAUGGUGGGUCACUGCUCAACCCUUAUGGUGGGUCACUGCUCAACCCUUAUGGUGGCUGACUGCUCAACCCUAAUGGUGGCUCACUGCUCAACCCUUAUGGUGGCUGACUGCUCAACCCUUAUGGUGGGUCACUGCUCAACCCUUAUGGUGGGUCACUGUCUACCCUUAUGUUGGCUGACUGCUCAACCCUUAUGGUGGGUCACUGCUCAACCCUUAUGGUGGGUCACUGCUCAACCCUAAUGGUGGCUCACUGCUCAACCCUUAUGGUGGCUGACUGCUCAACCCUUAUGGUGGCUCACUGCUCAACCCUAAUGGUGGCGACUGCUCAACCCUUAUGGUGGAUGACUGCUCAAAAAAAAAAACCCCCCCCCCUCCCCCUUAUGGUGCUGACUGCUAAAACCUUAUGGUUGGCUCACUAGCUCAACCCUAAUGUGGGGGCACUGCUCAACCAUUAUGUGGCUGACGGAUGCUGACCCUAUGGUGGCUGGAUGCUCAACCCUUAUGGGGCUGAUCUGCUCAACCCUAAUGGGGCUUCACUGCUCAACCUAAUGGUGGCUCACUGCUCAACCCUAGUGGAUGACGGUUCCACCUUAUGGGGCGACUGCUCAACCCUUAUGGUUGGGCACUGUCAAACCCUAAUGGUGGCUCCACUGCUCAACCGUUAUGGUGGCUGACUGCUCAACCCUUAUGGUGGCUCACUGCUCAACCCUUAUGGUGGCUGACUGCUCAACCCUUAUGGUGGGUCACUGCUCAACCCUUAUGGUGGCUCACUGCUCAACCCUUAUGGUGGCUGACUGCUCAACCCUUUUAUGUGGGUUCUACUGCCUCAAACCCUUUGGGGGGGUCACUGCUCAACCCUGAUGGGUGGCUGACUGCUACCCCUUAUGGUUGGGUUCACUGCUCACACCCUUAUGGUGGGUCACUGCUAAACCCUUAUGGUGGGUCACUGCUAAACCCUAAUGGUGCUCGCCUCACCCUUAUGGUGGCUGAAUGCUCAACCCUUAUGGUGGACUCACUGCUUCAACCCUAUGCGUGGCUCACUGCUCAACCUUAUGGGGGCUGACUGCUCAACCCUUAUGGGGGUCACUGCUCAACCUUAUGGUGGGCACUGCUAAACCUUAUGGUGGGUCAUGAUCAACACUUAUGGUGGGUAACUGCUUACCCUAUGGGGCUGAUCUGCUCAACUCUUAUGGUGGCUGAGUGCUAACCCUUAUGGUGGGUCACUGCUUCAACCCUUAUGGGGUGGGUAACUGCUCAACCAGUAUGGUGGCCUGACUGCUAACCCUAAUGUGGCUCAUGCCUCAACCCUUAUGGUGGCUGACUGCUCAACCCUUAUGGUGGGUCACUGCUCAACCCUUAUGGUGGGUCACUGCUCUACCCUUAUGGUGGCUGACUGCUCAACUCUUAUGGGUGGCUGAAUGCUAACCCUUAUGGUGUGGGGGCAAUGCUCAACCCUUAUGGUGGGUCACUGCCCAACCCUUAUGGGGGCUGAAGUGCCGUCAACCCUAAUGGUGAUCACUUGAUACCUUAGGGUGGACUGACCUGCUUGCUCAACCCUAAUGGUGGCUCACUGCUCAAACCUUAUGGUGGGUCACUGCUCAACCCUAAUGGUGUCUCACUGCUCAACCCUUAUGGUGGCUCACUGCUCAACUCUAUGGUGGCUGACUGCUCCAACCAUACAAAUGGUGACUGAAUUGAUCAACCCUUAUGGGGGUUUCCCACCAGCUACUCUUAUGGUGGCUGACUGCUCAACCCUAAUGGUGACUGACUGCUCAACCCUUAUGGUGGGUCACAGCUCAACCCUUAUGGUGGGUCACUGCUCAACCCUUAUGGUGGGUCACUGCUCAACCCUUAUGGUGGCUGACUGCUCAACCCUUAUGGUGGGUCACGAAGCCAAGAGUUUAGGAACCCCCCGCGCUACAGUGAGCUCGAAAAUGAUACAAUGACUAUGAGAUGAAAGUGCAGACUGACAGCUUUAAUUUGAAGGUAUUUUCAACCAUAUCGGGUGAACCGUUUAGAAAUUAUUAGCACUUUUGUAUAUAGUUCCCCCCCCCCCCCCCCCAUUUAAGAGACCGAAAGUUGUGGGCAAAUUAACUUAUGUAUUAAAGUAGUCAAAAGUUUAGUAUUUGGUCCCAUAUUCCUAGCACGCAUCAAACAUGUGACUCUACAAACUCGUUGGAUGCAUUUGCUGUUUGUUUUGGUUGUCUCUAAGAUUAUCUUGUGUCCAAUAUGUUUCUAAACACUUCUACAUUUAAUGUGGAUGCUACCACGAUUUAUGGAUAGUCCUGAAUGAAUCGCGAAUAAUGAUGAGUGAGAAAGUUAGACGCAUAAAUAUCAUACCCACAAGACAUUGCUAACCCUUGUGAUUGUUAAUGUCAUGGGUUUCACAAUCCAAAGUGCGGAAGUACAGAGCCAAACCACCAAAAUGUGUCUCUUCGUCCAAUACUCUGAGCUCACGUAUCCUACAGUACUUCACUGUGUGUUGUUUUGUAGCCCACGGCCUGUGGGGAUCAGUAGUAGACAUCCUUGCACGGAGAGGACCUGAAUCAGUUAAGGAGGAGCCAGGGGAACUUGCAGGUGCUACGAGAACACAACAACCUGCCCGCAAGGGCAUAUUAAGAGACGAGGUAGGGAGCCGCUUCUUUAUCUGUCUCUGUCGUUUAGAUAGAGGAGGGAGAGGGAGAGGGAGAGAGAGAGAGGGAGAGGGUAGAGAAGAGAGAGAGAGAGGUAUGGCACAGACAGGGUAGGUAUGUUGGGAGAGAGCAGUGGAAGAUUGAUAGAGAAGAAGAGACAAGGAGUAGGGAGAUAGUUAUAGAUGUAGAGGUAGAUAUAUGAUAUAUAGAUAGAAUAUCUAUGUCUUAUAUAUUAUCUAUGGUCUGGUUGUGUGGUAUAUAUCUAAUUAUAACUCAUAUAUAUAGAUCUAUAUAUAUAUAUGGUAUAUAUAUAUAUAGGUAUAUAUAUAUAUCAUGUUAUCUAUAUAUAUAUAUGAUUAUAGUAUAUAUAUAUAUAGAUAUGGAUAUGUCUAUAUAUAUAUAAAUAUAAUAUAUAUAUAUAUAUACUAUAUGGAUCGAUAUAUAUAUAUGUCUGUAUAUAUAUCUAACAUAAAUAUCAUAUAAUAAUAUACUGUAUAUUAUAAUAUAUGGAUAAUAUAAUAUAUAUCGUAUAUAUAUAUCUUAUAUAUGUUAUAAUAUAUAUCGGUAUAUCUAUCUCUAUUAUCUUAUAUAUGUAUAUCUAUAUCUAUGGCUAGGUAAAUCUAUAUAUCAAAAUAUAUAUAUUUAUAUAGCUAUGUAUAUAUAUAUCAUAUUAGAUAUAUAUAUGAUAAUAUAGUAUAUAUAUAUGUCUUAUAUAGAUAUUAGUGUAUAGUCAUCUUAUAAAUCUAUUAUAUAAUAUAUAUAAUAUAUAUUCUCUUGAUAAAUUGUCUAUAUAUAUGAUCAUAUCGUUUAUUGUAUAUAUAUCUAACUAUUCUAAUAUCUCUGCAUAUAGGAUAUCUAUCUCUAUGAUAUGUAUAUGUAUAUUAUAUAUAUUAUAUAUAUAUUUUGUAGUUAUCAGAUAUAUAUAGGUCAUAUAUAUGUAUAUCUAGUAUAUCUAUCUCUAGAUAUCUCUAUCAUAUCUAUGUAGAACUAUAUAUAUAUGUAGUUUAUAUAGCUUAAAUAUAGAUAUCAUAUAUAUAGUAUUAUAUUCUAUAUGUACUCUCUAUUAGAGGUAUUAUAUAUAUCUAUAUAUAUUAUAUAUCUAUCUCCUCUAUCUACUCUCUAUAUGGAUCAGCUCUUAUAGGUAUAUAUAUCACCCCGUAGUAUUGGAGGUGAGUAGAUAUAUAUACCUCUAUAUCUAGAUGUAUGGUCGAUAUAUAUAACUAUCAUAUAUUAGAAUAUAUAAUAUAAUCUAUCUAUAUAUAUAGCUAUAUAGAUAUAGGAUAUAGAUCACGACUCUAUAUCUAUCUAUCUCUGUAUCUCUAUCUAUAUAUAUAUAGCUAUAUAUAUCUAUACUCUAUCUUAUGUUAUAUAUAUAUCUCUACUAUCUAUGUAUAUAUAUUCUAAGAAUAUAGAUAUAUAUAUAUAUCGAGGUAUCUAGACAUAUAUAUAUCUAUAUGUCUCUAUCGCUAUAUCUAUCUCUCAUAUAUCUCUAUCUCUCGCCUCUCUCUCUAUCUCUCUGUUCUCUCUAUCUCUCUCUCUAUCUCUCUUCUCUAUCUAUCUUCUUGUAUAUAUAUAUAUAAUCCUAUAUCUAUCUAUGUCGCUACUCUCUCUCUGUAUCUCUGGUCUCUCUGUCUCUCUCUCUCUCUCUCUGUCUAUCUGUCUCUUCUUCUCUCUCUCUCUCUCUCUCUCUCUCUCUCUCUCUCUCUCUCUCUCUCUAUCUCUCCUCUCUUCUGUUGCAUCUCUCUGUUUCUCUCUCUCUCUGUUGUCUAUAUCUCGUUUAUCUCUCUAUUGUUUAUAUCUCUGUCUCUCUGUCUCUCAUAUAUCUAUCUAUGUUAUCUCUCUCUAUAUCUGUUUAUAUCUCUGUUUCUCUAUCAUCUAUCAUCUCUCUCUCUCUCUCUGUUCUUCUCUGUUUUAUAUAUAUCUGUCUUGUCUCUCUCUCUCUGUUUCUCUCUCUCUCUCUCUCUCUCCUCUCUCUAUAUCUCUCUGUCUCUGUAUCUGGCUCUUGUCUCGGUCUCUGUCUCUUGUCUCUCUCUGUCUCUCUGUCUCUCUUCUCUCUGUCUCCUCUCUGUCCUGUCUCUCAUCUCUUCUGUUUCUCUCUCUCUCUCUGUCUUGUCCUUAUCCCUUUUUUUUUCUGUCUCUGGUCUUAUCAUUUCUCCUCUCUGUCUCUCUCUCUCUCUCUACCUCUCUCUCUGUCUCUGUUCUCGUCUCUCUCUCUUCUCUCUCUAUCGUCGCUGUAUCUAUCUCUCUGUUCUCUCUCUCUCUGUCUCUGGUUCAUCUCUGUAUCUCUAUGUCUCGUUUCUCUCUCUUGUCUCGCUCUCUGUCUAUGUCUCCGUUCUCACUCUAUGUCUUGUCUCUAUCUCUCCUCUGUUCUAUGCUCUGUCUUAUGUUCUGUCUCUGUUCUGUCUCUGUAUCUGUAUAUCUCUCUCUCGGUCUCUGUCUCUGUCUCUCGCUCUCUCUAUGUGUCGGGGUCUUUUAAUCACAGCAUGUUGGGGAAUUUUCUGUGUUGGCUUCUCUGUACCCGUCUCCAUCUACAGGAAUGCUUUUGUUGUUUAGAGAGAAGAUAGUGAGUAAGGAGUUUAUGAGCGAAUCAGUUCUCUCACCUAUUCUCAUCUUUUUCCUCGCUUGUGUCCCCCCCAUCCACCCCUCCGUUCCCCCUAUAUUCUCCCAUUCACCCUGACCUGCCUAUUCUCCCCCUAUCUGCCAUCGCUUUGUCCCUCUUCUUCCCCACCCCCUUUCUCUCACCACCUCCUGCUACCUCGUUCUCCCACCACCAGAUUACAAUUGAAAACAUCCGCACCUAUCUCCCCCAUCUCAUCUAUCUUCCCACCCCGCGAGUGGUUGUAUCUUGUCCUUCAUCCUUCCACUCCGUUCGUGCUCAAUCUCAUAUUCCUUCCUUUUCCAGACGCCAUCCCCUUACAUCGUUCUCAUUAGUUCCUGUAUUGAACUCUUAACAUGUCCCACCCUUAUUUCCUCCCUUUCGUCUGGUGAUCGACUGGCGACUUCUCAGCCACAUACACCUGCUAUCCGCUUUGGUCUCCCCUUCUCCGUCACUAACAAUCCUCUCAUCCCCUACGCACUUUGUGGGUCCUUCCUUCCUUCUUUUCUCUCCACCCUCCUCCCCUAAUAAUACUUCAUCUUGCUCUCAAACCAUCUACUUUCCCCUGAUCUUUUUCCAUAUUCUCCCUAUUAUCCGAUCUCACCUAUCCCCCUCACCCUCCCUCUUCCCCUUCUACCCCCUUUCCUCCCGUACUAUCUACCACUCCCCACCCCCUUCUAUUCCUUCCUCCUCACUAUUACCCUCUAUUUUCUUUUCUUAUACUCUCCCUCCCUUUGUUCUAUCGUCCGUUUCAUCUACAUCCCCCAUCCUUUCUCCAUCCCCCUAUCCUCCACUCUCUCCCCUUUUUUCAGCCACUAACCCCCCUUGUAUCUUCCACAUUUUUUUCUUCCCGUGCCACUUUCUUCCCCCCCAAUCCCCCCCCUCCAUCCCUUUCCCCUCCUUUUCUUUUGCCCUUUCCUAAACCUCGACCUCGCCCUCAGUCCCUGGUUAAACUCCUUUCAGUAUCGUCACCUUUUCCCCGCCGACUCCCCUCUCUCAUUACCCUCCUCUCCCCCUUCUGCAUUCCCCCCUCGUCCAAUCUACCUCACCCUCCCCCCUAUCCAUAAAUUUCUCCAUCCAUCCUCACACAUUUUUAUCUUCCUCUCACUACCCCUCUUUCCCGCCCGAUCCCCUCCUCGUCUUCCCCAUCUUCUCUACUCUCAUCUCUCAGAUUAUUUUUCCUAACCCAUCUUCCACUUAGGCUUUCCCAUCUCUUCUCCCUGCAUCUCUUUUCCCAACAUCUCCCUUUUUUCAACCCCUCUCUCAGUAUGACUGUUUCCCCCUCUCCUCAUCCCGCAUCCGCUUUCCUUUCUUUCCUUACCCCUACUUAUCCUAACCUCUCCCAGCAGUACAUACACAUCGCCAAGGUGUUGACCCCUACGUUGACCCAGGAAGCAGCCAAUCACAUUGCAGAAGAAUACUCCAGGCUGAGAAGCCAGGAACAGCUGGGCUCUGACAUCGCCAGGGUGAGUCGUUUAGACACACACCAUUAGACGGCAUUUACACAGGCAGCCCAAUUCUGAUCUUUUGAGCAAUUAUUCAAAAGACCAAUUAGUGGCAAAAGAUCAGAAUUGGUCUGUCUGACUGACUGUGUAAAUAUAUUUUCUUAGUCGUAAAUCCACCCUGACCCCUACACACACACACCCUGACCCGUCCCAUUGUUCUGUAUAUUCCGUCCCAUGGUUCUGUAGGUUCCGUCCCAUGGUUCUGUAGGUUCCGUCCCAUGGUUCUGUAGGUUCCGUCCCAUGGUUCUGUAGGUUCCGUCCCAUGGUUCUAUAGGUUCCGUCCCAUUGUUCUGUAUAUUCCGUCCCAUUCUGUAUAUUCCGUCCCAUGGUUCUGUAGGUUCCGUCCCAUGGUUCUGUAGGUUCCGUCCCAUGGUUCUAUAGGUUCCGUCCCAUUGUUCUGUAUAUUCCGUCCCAUUCUGUAUAUUCCGUCCCAUGGUUCUGUAGGUUCUGGAGAAGGAGAAGAAGAGGGGGAGGAAGGAGCAGGACUCUGGCUCUGAGGAGGAUGAGGAGACGACACAGUGUACCCCUCGCUCAGAGAAGAAGAGGUACGGCAUUAGACACCAGCCUUCUCACACCCCCAUAAUCACACCUCGCCUGCACUGAUAUAAAGCAGUGGUUCUCCACCCUCUCCUCGGGGAACCCCAGGCCUUCCAUUUAUUCCAAGUAUAUCUAUUCCACAGCUAGCACCUGAUUCAACUGGUCAGCUAAUCAUCAAGCCCUUGACUAGAUGGUUCAGGGCUACAAACAACGUGGUGAAACAUCUGGGGGUCCCCCGAAGAGAGGUUUGAAAACCACUGUUAUAGAGGCCAUUAACUAGCUAGUGAAAUAGUUCUCUCUUCUAACAGAUAUUUAAUCUUUGACGCAAACCUGUAUGAAUAUUGGUUAAAACAGUAUAGUAGCUUUGUUUACAUGUUGUCUAACCUGUGCUCUCUGCAAUUCUGUGUUUGUAGGAGUCGCAGUGGUUCCCAGAGCGGCGAGGCUUACGACCCGUAUGACUUCUUGUGAGAGAAGGACAUCCCUGAGAGUAAGAACAAAAGUUUUAACACCCUAAUCUCAACCCGGAGAUUAUUACUUCUGCUACUGUCUUCACUGUCCCAGGGGGAUAUGGGGUUCGCAAGCUACUGUCUUCACUGUCCCAGGGGGAUAUGGGGUUCGCAAGCUACUGUCUUCACUGUCCCAGGGGGAUAUGGGGUUCGCAAGCUACUGUCUUCACUGUCCCAGGGGGAUAUGGGGUUCGCAAGCUACUGUCUUCACUGUCCCAGGGGGAUAUGGGGUUCGCAAGCUACUGUCUUCACUGUCCCAGGGGGAUAUGGGGUUCGCAAGCUACUGUCUUCACUGUCCCAGGGGGAUAUGGGGUUCGCAAGCGUCACAAAUUAGUGGUGCGUGGGUCAGCUGUUUGUUCACCCGCACCCGCACCCAAUAGCUAAUAACCCAUCCACAACCGACCGAUUUUAUAUGUGAUGAAGUGAAAAUCCGAGGCCUGAACCUGACCCGCUAAUAUAGAAAAUCCACUGUAGGCUACAGUUAAUGACGGCGUAAUUAUUUAUGUUGUUAUAGGGCAGCAGGUAGCUUAGUGGGUAAGGGCGUUGUGCCAGUAACCGAAAGGUCGCUGGUUCUAAUCCCCGAGCCGACUAGGUGAAAAAUCUGUUGACGUGCCCUUAAGCAAGGCACUUAACCCUAAUUGCUCCUGUAAGUUGCUCUGGAUAAGAGUGUCUGCUAAUGUAAAUGUUGUUGUUGCCUGAUUAUAGAUGUGUUUCUGCUUAUACUGUAAUUUCCGAUCUUUUGGAAGGCUACUUGUUAGUAAACUUGUCUAUAAUUAGAUGCAUGUAAUUUAUCUUCUUCGUUAUAUGUUUCCCCAGGAGACUAAAUAAACCCUUGAAUGCUUCAAUCUAGUUUACAUCUGUAAAGUGUUCUGUCGUCUUCUUUCGCGGAUCAAAGACGUUUAGGGACUGGGGAGAAAAUGCAAAAAAAAAUCUAUCUUUUCUUUAAAAACAUUUCCAAAUGACAUCAUUUUGACUGGUUGUAAGGAAAUUCAAAGCUGUGAAAACGACCCAAACAUGUUUGCGAUAAGAUUUCAGUUCGGCUUAAAUGCAGAUUUUUAUGGGGUUGAAAAAUCUGCUUUUAUUAUGCUGAUAAAGAUGGCUUAUCUAACUGAGCGUUCUCUCAAGAGAAUGAUACAAACAAAAAAAAAAAAGCCUACAUUUGGUGUAUAAUUUUACUGCAAGAAAUGCUUAAUUCUGCAGGAGUUAACAUUAAGGCUAUGUGCGAGAUUAUAGACCUACAGUCAGUGUCCAGAUUUCAGUUUCCAUUUAACCCAUCUGAACAGUAGGCUACAGUUCCCCUGAACUUCCCUAUUUGAUGUCCCCCGUCUUGUGACUGUCGAAUUCAUAUAUAGCGCCUCACAAUCAUCACGCAUAACGUAGCCGGCACUGCUAUCAUCCUCUUUUACCACGUCACCAAAUCUUUCCCAAACAUUAUCCGUCUGGCCCUCCCCUUCUCUCUACUCUCAGCUCUCCAUUUCGCAGCUUUUCUCUUAUUGAAUUAAACAUUGUCCUUUUUUUUUUGCCUCAGUGGAUCGACGUUAACUUUUUCUGCCUGUUCCCAAAAGCAUUUGGUGUUUAGGCUAUUUGGCACAGAGUACAGUUAACGCCAGAUGACCUACAAAUAAUAAAUGGAAAAACCACCUCACUGUAGCCUAUAGAGAUAAAUUGGGCAAGAAUUAUACAUUUAUGGAUUUUAUUUUUAUUUUAAAGGUGUUAUUUUCUCUUUAUUCAAUAUUUAAUUACCCUAAACCCGUCCGCCCCCGGGGACUGUGGGUUAUGAGUCAACCCCGCGCAUCACUGUGAAACAUAAACACAACACGAAAGUCACACACAGCGAAACGACAUGUGGUGGUGGACCAAGGUGCCACAGCAGAUGAAGUGAUAAAAAGUUAGCCUGGACCCAGACUAAUGGUGGAUUUACAUGUCUCUUCAACAUCAGAUUCGCCACUUUUCUGUUUACACUAGCCUUGGAUAUGGUGUAACCAAAGCCACAUUCCUGCUUCACAUGUGCAGGCAGAUAUUAGCGUACCGUAAAUACCAUAGUAUAUAGACAAACAUACCAUAAAUACCAUAGUAUAUAGACAGACAAAAUAAAGAUAGCAAUUCAAACUAUACAGUAGCUUCUCAUCUAAACUAUAUUGCACAUAGUGUUGCACACUUGAUUAAUGCAAUGAUUCACAAAUGUGUGGAUAUUUUAAAAGCCUUGAAUUAAAUAAAAAAAAUAUGCUGUCUACUGGUAAUUCUUGCAAGGACAUAUGGUGAGGGAGAGCUGUUCUCUUUACCACUCAGAGGGGGGGGUAUGGGAGACCUCCAGACGUAGUGUGGGAGACAUUUACAUUUUAGCAGACGCUCUUAUCCAGAGCGACUUACAGGAGCAAUUAGGGUUAAGCGCCUUGCUCAAGGGCACAUCAACAGAUUUUUCACCUCGUCAGCUCGGGGGAUUAGAACCAGCGACCUUUCGGUUACUGGCACAACACUCUUACCCACUGAGCUACCUGCCGCCCUCUUAAAGACAUAUUUGAAUCUAGAUCCGUCUCUUUACACUACAUAAGUAUCUAUCCUGGACCUAGUUUGUCUUCAAAGGCUAAUUAAAAGGAGCAUUGUGUAACACCACACUGGCCGCUCCCAUUCUUAGCUGCAGGAUGCGAUUGGUCUGACCCAGAGCCUUGUAUGUAGAGUGUAAGGCUUCUACGUUAUGAUUCAUUUACGUUCUACGGCAGCCAUGUUAGCGUCCCCAUUAACACUGCAUGUGGGAUAUUUAAACAAUGCUAUGUAACUGAAUGUCCAGAAUUAAAACAACGUUUGAAAUUCUAAAAGUUGGCCGAACUCUUUAAAUACAUGAUGGCCCUGGUCUGACGAUGAACUCUCUGUUUGCCCCUCCCUCCCAAAGUCCAGGCUGGCAAGCCCAAACCGGCCGAGGCAGAGGAGCCUAUGGAUGCCCCUGUCCCACCGAGCCAGGACGGCCAGACUGACGGACAGACAGAGGUGUCUGCAGACAGGUGGGUGGCAGUCGUACUGUAUAGGUGACAGCAAAAUGGCGGACUAGGUACCGGUGCUCUCAGAUCUGUAGCUAAAAUGGAACCAUAGUCCAACAUGAAUUAAUGUAUUCUGAACAAAAAUAUAAACGCAAAUAUGUAAAGCGUUGGUCCCAUGUUUCAUGAGCUGAAAUAAAAGAUCCCAGAAGUGUUCCAUUUGCACAAAAAGCUUAUUUCUCUCAAAUGUUGUGCACAAAUAUGUUUACAUUCCUGUUAGUGAGCAUUUCUCCUUUGCCAAGAUAAUCCAACCACCUGACAUGUGUGGCAUAUCAAGGAGGUGAUUUAAACAGCAUGAUCAAUACACAGGUGCACCUUGUACUGGGGACAAUAAAAGGCCACUCUAAAAUGUGCAGUUUUGGCUGAGUAAAUGCAGCCUUUUAAGGUCUGUUUUUAUGUACCAUACAUAGAUUUGAUUGACCGAUUCAUUAAUUAAUUUUUCUCUCUCUCCCGGUGUUCUCCAGACUGAAGGAGUUUAAGUCCUCCCUCCUGGAGGUGUUCUGUUCUGCACAUGCUCAGUCCGUUGGUAUGAACUCUGGUGGAGAGUGUCAACAAGGUCCGGGACGCCCCCUUCACCCUGACAGAGGUCCGGGCCGCCCUCGCUCGCAUGCAGGACGACAACCAGAUCAUGGUGGCUGACAACAUCAUCUUCCUCAUC